AUGUCGGCGCAACAGCCCCACGACGAGCCCGAGCUCGACUACCACGACGAAGACAACGUCCUCGACGCCGACGAGGCCGCCGAAAUCGUCGAGGAUGACGGCGACGUGCCCAUGGACAGCGACGACGACGGCGGCGACGACGACGUGCAGAUGGAGAUCAACCUGCAAAACGACUCGGUGGCGCACUUUGACGAGCACAAGGACUCGAUCUUCUGCAUCGCCCAGCAUCCCGUGCACCCGGAGAUGAUCGCCACAGGCGGCGGCGACGACGUGGGCCACAUUGUCGACAUCACCGCGGCGCCGCAGACGACACAGGCGGGCGAGCGCGAGGGGCUAAAGAGCAUCUUCACCCUCGACGGCCACACGGACUCGAUCAACGCCGUCGCCUUCUCGCAGCCAAAGGGCCAGUUCGUCGCCACGGCCGGCCUCGACGGCAAGCUGCGCGUGUGGCAGGGCGCCCCCGACGCCCGCAAGUGGAAGUUUCUGGCCGAGGCGAGCGAGGUCGACGAGAUCAGCUGGCUCGCCCCGAACCCCUCGCCCGCCCACCCCAACGUCAUCGCCCUUGGCGCCGUCGACGGCUCCGUCUGGGUCUACCAGCUGUCCACGACAAAGGGCAGCGAGCUGCAGCUGCUGCACGCCUACUACCUGCACACCGAGUCGACCACCGCGGGCGCCUGGACCCCGGACGGCGCCCUGCUCGCCACCGUCAGCGAGGACAGCAGCCUGUACGUGUGGGACGUGUUCGGCGCGGCAGCAGCCCAGGGCCUCGUCGACGCCUCCGCCCAGGCCGUCGUCGCCCUCACCGGCCACGACGAGCGCUUCCUCGUCCAGGGCGGCCUAUACAGCAUCGCCGUCGCACCGUCGGGUGCCUUCCUCGCCGUCGGCGGGCCAGAAGGCCAAAUCCGCAUCGUCGGCCUGCCGCGCCUAUCCACAGAAGCCUCCCCAUCCGCAGGGCCCUCCUCGACCAGCUCCAAACCCAAACCAGGAAGCAAGCAAGCGUCCACAAGCCAAACAGGCCAAAUCCUGGCCUCCCUCCAAGCCGGCUCCGACAACGUCGAGACACUAGCCUUCACCUCCGCACCGCUGACGCUCAUGGCCGCCGGCAACGUCGACGGCUCCAUCACGCUCUUCGACACGGCGCACCGCUUCGCCGUGCGCCGCCGCAUCGAGGACGCGCACGCCGACGACGAGAUGCCGCAUGCCGUCGUGCAGCUGCAGUUUGUGCAAAAGGAAGGCGCGGGGGGCUGGCUGCUUACGAGCGCGGGCUUUGAUGGCGUGGUGAGGAGGUGGGAUGCGCGCGGUGGUACCACGGCGGCGAACAGGGGGUUAGUGGGCGAGUGGAAAGGGCAUAGGGGGGGCGGCGAGGGAGGAGGGGUGCUGGCUUUUGUGCAGGGGGGUGGAGAGGUUGUUGUUACUGCGGGGGAUGACGGGGUUGUGUUGGUCUUUGAUGCGCCGUUGUCGCAGUGA